UCAAACCAAGAACAAAGCUUUCACUUUAUAAGUGGGUCUUACACCAUUCAAGGCUUUGUGCUACAACUCCCUUCUAGAAGGCAAUUUUUGGGCAACAUGGUUCUGCUUGCUCAGGUUGAGCUUGUUCUCUUGCAGUUUUUUAUGGUUCUGGUAGUGUUAGUGGUUAAUGGAGGCCCCUUGGAGAUUGGGUUUUACAAUGAAUCAUGUCCCUCAGCCGAAGAAACUGUUAAGUGGGUAGUUGCCAGGGCUUAUGAAAGUAAACCAGGCAUAGCUCCUGGACUCAUCCGCCUGCAUUUCCAUGACUGCUUUGUAAGGGGUUGUGAUGGGUCUGUACUAUUGGACUCAACCCCAGGAAAUCCAUCAGAGAAAGAAGCAGAUCCUAACAAAAGCCUUCAAGGUUUCGAAGUAAUUGAUAAAGCUAAGGAAAUGAUCGAAGCUCAAUGUCCACAUAUUGUCUCUUGCGCUGACAUCCUCGCCUUUGCUGCUCGAGACAGUGCAACUCUGGCUGGGAAAAUAGAUUACCAAGUCCCGGUAGGGCGGUUGGAUGGUAGAGUCUCUAUAGCGAGUGAGGUAUUACUUAAUAUACCAUCUCCACUCUUCAAUGCCACUCAACUUGUCGCCAAUUUCGCUGUCAAGAACUUAACUGCUGAAGACAUGGUUACACUUUCCGGCGCCCAUUCGAUCGGCGUCGCACAUUGCGACGCAUUCAUUAAUAGGUUAUAUAACUUCAGUGAAACCAGUGAUGUGGAUCCAAGUCUCGACCCAAUUUAUGCUAAGUUUCUUAAGAUCAAAUGCCCUCCAAAUGUUACACAUACAGACCCUACCAUUGUUCAAUUGGAUGCUUUGACACCAGAGACCUUGGACAACAAGUACUAUGUGGGGCUAAAGCUUAACUUGGGUCUAUUAACAUCUGAUCAAGCUCUGCUUACUAAUGAAACCCUUGAAGCUAUGGUGAACAUGAAUGCUUACCAUCCUGAGGUGUGGGACUGGGCAUUUGCUAAAGCUAUGGUGAAGAUGGGAGAGAUAAUUGAGGUUGAGACUGGAACUGAAGGAGAGAUCAGGGUUAACUGUAGGGUCAUUAAUAGUGGUAGCUUUGCCUUCACUGAUUAGUGAUCAAGUCUUAACAUCUCCUUCUGAAAUGGCUAGUAGCCGAUUUGAUUGCUGAGAUGAUGACUUUUUUUAUCUUUUUUUUUUGGGUGGGGGGUAAGAGAUGAAGACUAGUUUCAUAUAUAAAUGAAGUCCCAAACUGGUAAAGUAUUAAAUAAACUACUUAAUUAAGACUCUCUUUGAUUUGAUUUCUAUUU